UGGAGAGGGAAGAACCGCCAGUCGGUUCCAGUUGCAGUUCAGCGACGGUCGUGACGGCGAAGGCUCAAGGCCUUGGUGUAACGGGAACGGUUCGGUGUAUACUGUGCAGUCACCUUUCGCUCACAAGUAGCUAUGGCUCGAUCCUGUCUUCUCGCUCUGGUCUUGUACGUCUUGUGUCAUCAGAUUACAUCUCUAUCCGUCAUCAAUAUAGAAGACAGACCCAGCCAUGAUCGAGUAGUGGCGUGUUAUGUCUCGACAUGGGCCAGGUAUCGCACAGACCGUGGCCAGUUCACCAUAGACGACAUAGAUCCCUCCUUGUGCACACAUCUGAUCUACGCUUUCGCCGGCCUCGACAAUACCACUAGCUCGAUAAAGAGUUUGGAUCCUUACAACGAUCUUGAAGAAAAUUAUGGUUUAGGUUCCUAUAAAAAGAUGGCAGCUUUGAGGAAGAAAUAUCCACACCUGACAGUGAGUGUAGCCAUAGGAGGGUGGAAUGAGGGAUCUGUCAACUACUCUGUGUUGGCUGCCGAUGCUGACCGCCGUAAACUCUUCGUUGAGAGUGUAGUUAACUUUAUGAGGACACAUGGAUUUAAUGGAUUUGAUUUGGACUGGGAAUUCCCUGCCAAGAGAGGUGGAGCUCCGGAAGACAAGGAAAAUUUUGUUGCUUUGGUGAAGGAAUUGCACACAUCACUAAAACCCGAGGGAUGGAGUCUGACCGCCGCUCUAGGAGCUGGGAAGGAUACUAUGGAAGUUGCAUACGACCUGUCUCAACUAAACCAGUACUUGGACCACAUACAUCUCAUGUGUUAUGACUAUCACGGCAAAUGGGAUAGCCAAACCGGUGCCAAUGCACCUUUACACUCUGCCGACCCUAACGAUGUCAACACUGUGGAGUACAGUGUUAAGUACAUGCUAGAGCAUGGCAUAGAGCCACACAAACUCGUGUUGGGCCUGCCGAUGUACGGUCGCACAUUUAUCCACAAGGAUGAGCUUGUAAGCGAGAAGUUGGGAACACCUUCCAUGAGCACUGCCUUCAGUGGACCAUACACCAAGGAGGAUGGCUUCAUGGGCUACAAUGAGAUUUGUGAGGAGCUCCAGAAUAAUACAAGCUGGAAGAGGUUAUGGGACGAGUCUUCUCUAACACCUUUUGCCGUCAAUGGUAAUAAGGUGAUUGUGUACGAUGACGAAGAGAGUCUGAAGUACAAGGUGAAAUAUGCAAUGGAAAAGGACCUGGGUGGUUUGAUGAUCUGGUCCAUAGAUAUUGAUGACUUUCGUGGAGACUGUGUAGCUCAAGAUGGAGAGAAGAAAGAAAAGUUUCAACUACUUCGCUCAGUUAAUGAGGCCAUAGUAUCUAGUCUGAGAGAAAUUGAUGUGGAGAAAGAAAAGGAGAAAGAAAAAUCACAAACUGAACAGACAACUGAACAAACAACCAACGAACCUGUAACGCCAAGCAAGGCUACAGUUUUGUCGACUUCCUCUAUCCUAAUAUCUGUUCUUUUGUUCCUACCCUGCUUCUUCUACAGAACAAUUACUUUAAUGUCCUGAAUAGAAUACAAUGUGGUAUUUAUUAGAUCCUAUAAAUAACCUUGUAUAGUUUUAUAACAAAUGUAACUUCCUCAUUGAAAAUUUCAGCAAUUCCUUUGUCUUAAUCCAACAACAUUCAAUUUUUGAACAAGGAAAUUAACUGUCCAUCCUUUGUGACUUUGUAAUAAAGAAUUACAGAUCA